AUGACGUCCGGUCCGAACUCCAAUGCGACGCCAGCGCCGCGGGCCAAGAUCUGCGUUUACUGCGGUUCAUCCCCCGGCAACAACCCAGCAUAUCUAAAAGCAGCCCAGGAAUUAGGGAAGCUCAUGGCAGAAAAUAAUAUCGCCUUAGUGUACGGAGGCGGUACUGUAGGCUUAAUGGGGGAAGUAGCCAAAACCAUAGUAUCUAUAGCAGGUCCUGACGCAGUCCACGGUAUCAUACCCGAGGCCCUUGUAAAAUGGGAGCGCGAUGCGACGUAUUCGACUACUAAAGACGCCAAUGGCUACCACGUACCGGAGGAGCAGAUAUACGGCCGGACAACAGUUGUGAAAGAUAUGCAUACACGGAAACAGAUGAUGGCGCGGGAAGUAAUCGAAGGUGGCCCUGGCAGCGGCUUCAUCGCACUUCCCGGAGGUUAUGGCACGAUGGAAGAGCUUCUCGAGACGGCAACGUGGAACCAAUUAGGCAUCCACAACAAAGGUGUUUGCUUGUUAAACAUAAACGGUUUCUACAACGGUCUGACAGAGUGGAUCAAGACAGCCGUCCAGGAGGGGUUUGUGAAAGCUGGUAAUGCCGACAUCGUAGUCACGGCAGAAGAUGCUGCGGGUGCUCUGGCCGCUUUACGGGAGUACAAGGUUUCAGACGCGCGGUAUGGCUUGAACUGGGGAAGCGAAUGA